CUCUGCAUUACCCAUAUGGGGGCCACCUCAGCUGCAUCCCAUAGAGUUGCCACCCAGACCUCAGUCAGGACCUUUCAGGCCAGGCGGGAGCGCCCAACCGAAGGCUUCACAGCUGCCCUCACCACCCUGCCUUCAACAGUGUCCAGAGAGGGUCAGCCAGGCCUGGGUUGGGCACGCUCUACCUUCCCCAGUCACCAGCCUGUUUCCCGGAGGAGAAGACUGAGACCCGAGAAGGGAGCCUGUCCCAUGCCUGCCUGGGAAGCCCUGUUCCUGCUCUGGGCCACAGCAGAAGCCAUCAAGGACUGCCCUAUCCCCUGCACCUGCCGCGCCCUGGAAACCAUGGGGCUGUGGGUGGACUGCAGGGGCCAAGGGCUCACGGCCCUGCCUGCCCUGCCGGCCCGCACCCGCCACCUCCUGCUGGCCAACAACAGCCUUCAGUCCGUGCCCCCGGGAGCCUUCGACCACCUGCCCCAGCUGCAGACCCUCGAUGUGACGCAGAACCCGUGGCACUGUGACUGCAGCCUCACCUAUCUGCGCCUCUGGCUGGAGGACCGCACACCUGAGGCCCUGCUGCAGGUCCGCUGUGCCAGCCCCAGCCUUGCUGCCCAUGGCCCGCUGGGCCGGCUGACAGGCUACCAGCUGGGCAGCUGCGGCUGGCAGCUGCAGGCGUCCUGGGUGCGCUCAGGGGUCUUGUGGGACGUGGCGCUGGUUGCCGUGGCUGCGCUGGGCCUGGCUCUUCUGGCUGGCCUGCUGUGUGCCACCACCAAGGCCCUGGAUUGACCCGGCCCCCAGAACCCCUGGUCCCAGGCCAGGGGGCCAGUCCCUGAGACAGGUCCCCAGACUCCACCAGGCCUGGUCAGCCCAAACCACUAGAAGCCCAAAAUAAACUGGCAGCUCGGCUGUUUUAUAUAAGCUCA